AUGGAUGCUCAACGGACAUGUUUCCUAUUGAGCCAAGAGGAGAAGAUGGCAGCGGUGGCGCACUUGCUCGAACGGACGCCUAUUUUUUCAAAUGGCUACAAGUACCAGUUCCAGACAUGGCAUCGCAACGCGGAUGGUACUAUGGUUCCGGAUAAGAGGCAUGGCCAUGGUGGGGACCGCCAUGGGCCCGCAUAUCGGGCCGUGCAGGAAGCAGCUGGUGAGUGGGCGGGUGAGUGGGCGGGUGAGUGGGCUGGUGAGUGGGCUGGUGAGUUGGCUGGUACGUGGGCGGGUGGUGAGUGGGCGGGUGAGUGGGGGGGCGAUGAGUUAUCCGGUGAGUGGGCUGGUGAGUGUGCGGGUGAGUGGGCGGGGGAGUGGGCUGGUGAGUGGGCGAGUGAGUGGGCGGGAGAGUGGGGGGCUGGUGAGUGGGUGGGUGAUUGGGCUGGUGGGCGGGCGGGUGAGUGGGCGGAAGAUAGCGAUGUGGAGUGGGCGGGUGAGUGGGCUUGUGGUGAGUGGGCGGGUGAGUGGGGGGCUGGUGAGUGGGCGGGUGAUUGGGCUGGUGUGUGGGUGGGUGAUUUGGGCUGA